AUGGACGAAAAGGUUGCGCUACUUAAGGAUGCUGCCACCAGACUGCGCAUUAACAGCAUCAAAUCAACAAAUGCAUCCAACUCUGGCCACCCCACGUCAUGUGCCUCAGCAGCAGAAAUAAUGGCUGUCCUGUUUUUGGACGAAAUGCGCUAUUUCCCCACCGUCCCGCGCCAUCCUUCCAACGAUCGUUUCGUUUUAUCUAAAGGUCAUGCCGCACCCAUCCUUUAUGCUGCUUGGGUUGAGGCUGGUCUACUCAAGGAAUCUGACCUGCUUAAUCUGAGGAAAAUUGACUCUGAUCUUGAGGGUCACCCAACCCCGCGCCUCAGUUUCGUUGAUGUCGCUACGGGCUCUCUUGGUCAGGGACUCAGUAACGCGGUUGGUAUGGCCUACGUUGGAAAGUACAUCGACAAGGCCUCCUACCGAGUUUACUGUAUGAUUGGCGAUGGGGAGUCUGCGGAGGGCAGUAUCUGGGAGGCCUUGUCCCUGGGAUCGUACUACAAAUUGGACAACUUGGUUUCAAUUUUCGACAUUAACCGCCUAGGACAGAGCCAACCAACUUGUCUGGAGCACGAUAUGGAGACAUACAGAAAACGCGUCGAGGCCUUUGGAUGGCAUCCUAUCGUCGUUGAUGGACAUGACGUGAGCGCCCUUUUGAAGGCCUUCGCUGAUGCACGUGCCGUCAAGGGUAAACCUGUGGCCCUGCUGGCCAGAACUUUCAAAGGCAAUGACUUUCCCGGCAUUUCCGACAAGGAGAACUGGCAUGGCAAGCCCUUAGGCAGCAGUUCUGCCGAGGUUUUGGCGUACCUAGAGAAGAAACUAAUGUCCCCAUCUACUCUGCACAAGUUGAAACCAAAGGAGCCUACUACUGAUUGCCAAGAAACACACUUGAUUGGUUCUACCAAACUACCCACUCCACCACCAUACAAGAAGGGUGAUAAGGUUGCUACCCGCGAAGCUUACGGUCGUGCUCUGCAGCGUCUGGGUGAGGCCAAUCCUCGUGUCAUCGGCCUGGACGGCGACACCAAGAACUCCACUUUCAGCAUCUACUUGCGCAAUGCUCGCCCUGACCAGUUCAUCGAGUGUUUCAUUGCGGAGCAGAACUUGGUCGGUGUAGCUAUGGGCUGCGCCGUUCGUGAACGAACUAUACCGUUUGUGAGCACUUUUGCCGCCUUCCUUACCCGUGCCUUUGACCAAAUUCGCAUGGGUGCAAUCUCCCAGACCGAUUGCAAUUUCUGCGGCUCGCACGCUGGAGUCAGCAUCGGCGAGGAUGGUCCCAGCCAAAUGGCUCUGGAGGAUUUGGCAAUGUUCCGCUCCGUCCGUGGUUCUACUGUCUUCUACCCUUCGGACGCGGUUUCCUGUGAACGAGCUGUUGAGUUGGCUGCUAAUCGAAAAGGCAUCUGCUUUAUCAGGACUGGCCGACCCGCAACCCCAGUCAUAUACGAAGAGAACGAACAGUUUGCCAUUGGUCAGGCAAAGCUCUGCAAGACUGCUCUUCCAGGUGGCGAGGACCAUGUGACUGUAGUCGCUGCGGGUGUUACCCUCUACGAGGCCUUCAAAGCUGCUGAGACACUCGCUAAAGAGGGCAUAAAUCUCCGUAUCAUCGAUCCAUUUACCAUCAAGCCUUUGGACAGCAAUCUCAUCUCAAAAUCCGUGGCCUACACUCAGGGACGUGUCAUCACCGUCGAGGAUCACGCACCAGAAGGUGGCAUAGGCGAGGCUGUUUCCGCGGCCCUCUGCGAAGCCGGAGUCUCCUCCAAUCUGCGCAUGCUCGCUAUCCACGAGGUUCCGCGGUCGGGCAAGCCCGCUGAGCUGCUUGCUUGCUAUCGC